AUGAAAUUAUUACAAGAACAGGAAAAUGGGUAUUGGUUUCAUCUUCAACCUAUAAUUAUAUCUCCAUCAAGUAAUAUUAUAACUAACGCUCAAAAUGAACUUAACUAUAUCAAUCAAACAGUUUCUGAAUCAGAAUUUGAGCAAGUUAUAGAAUAUUAUGAAAUUAUGGUUGAGUUUGACAAUGAUAUGUUUAACAACAAUAUUGAAGAUGAAGAGCUCGAUGCAGAUUAUAUUUUUUGA